CCAUCUUGGGCACAGGCGCGUGCGCAGUGCGGAGCGGCAGCAGGAGCGAUGGGGCCGGGACAGAACUGCACCGUGCGGGCUGAAUGGGUUGCUGCAGCCUCCAUAGCUGCUGGAGCAGCUGCUCUUGGAUAUCUAGCUUACAAAGCAAUUCUUUGUAAAGACAAAGCCUCCAAAGCAAUGGUGAACCCCAAUAUCCAGAAGGAUAACCCCAAGGUAGUCCAUGCCUUUGAUAUGGAAGAUCUGGGAGACAAGGCUGUGUACUGUCGUUGUUGGAGGUCCAAGCAGUUCCCACUGUGUGAUGGCUCUCACACAAAGCACAACGAGGAAACUGGCGACAACGUUGGGCCUCUGAUCAUCAAGAGGAAGGAGGCGUAGAGUGGACACUAGAAGCUCCAGAAUCAAUGUCUGACAAAUCCUCUGUUCUCUUGUAACUGGGGGGGAAAAAUCCACAAAUUCUUUGUCAUAUCACUGAAGACUUCCCAUUUAGUAUAUACAUCAGGCUUCAGCAUGUAUAUUUUCUCUGGUACUUGUUGUCUUUCAAUCACUACAAUGCAUAAUUUACUAAGUAGUUAUGGUUUAAAUUUUUUGUCCUGUAAAAUGUGUGUACCCUCUCACUAGUGUGAAACUAAAAUGAGGCACAGAAUGUACUUCAUCAGGAAAUAGGUAUUAAAUUAUUUUCAACUACAUGUGUAUCAAAAGGUAGAUAAUAAAAUCCUGGAGAGGUUCAGAGGUAGAUAGAUAUCCAUGUAAAAGGCAGUGGCAGGGAAGAAAUCACAGUGCCAUCUUUAUCUCUGAUUGUGCUGCAUUUUCUGCAGGUGUCACAUUUGUCUAUUACACUACAGUGCUCUAUGGCUUCUGUAGAAGAACAAAUUGAAAUUGCUAGCUAUGAACAGACAACAGAAAAGGCUGAAAGAUGGGGCUAGAGGGCAACUUUACCUUUGAUUUACAGCAGCAUUGAAACUUGAUACUACCUCUAUUUGGUAUCAAGAAAACACUAUCCCAACUGCAGACCUGUAUUUAGAGUAGGAUUAGGGAAAUAGUCUCUAGAGAUUUCUUAAUAGAUGAAUGAAAUGACACAAAGUGCUCCAGGAGUGAUGGGCAGUGGGGGUGGCAGGGUUGCUGUUGCUGUUAGAGAAAGCCUUAGUUUCACUUGCAUUCUUUCAGUGAAGCCAACUUCCCCAGACCACAGGCUGCUUCUGUGGGGUGGCUCUGCUGAUUAAUUCCAGAAGCUAAAAUAAAAACUAAAACCCCCACCUGUCAUCACUUCUGCUUCACCAUUGCACUGGCUGGUUCUGGCAAGCUUUUCCCACUGAGAAGGGAGGAGGCAUACUUUUCUUAAUAUGUGGCCUUAGGCUCUAUGUGUCUUAACUCCUGCCUCCCUGGGCUGCUAAUGUGGUUCAGCUGAUUUUACCAAAAAACCCUGGCAUGGAUGAAGAAAGGCUUUGAAAACUGAUAGAAACAAGAAGGGAGGGAAGGAUGAGACAGAGGAGUGGUCUUACCCUCCUUACCCAUGGCACUUGUCUUGUUUGGCAUGGUUGCAUUAGUGGCUGUCCCGUUGGUUUCCUUAAUUAGCUUUGAAUUGUUAACAUGCAUGUAAGUACAAAGCAAAACCCAAAGAGCGGGGCAGCAGGGGGCAGUUUUGUACUGCCCAGUCCAUGAGUGGAACUGUGGCCUGCACAAGAUUGAGCUCUGAAUGUCCUGGGACAGAAACUACCUCAGGGCUACAUCAAAGGCCUUGUUAGGAAGCUGACAUUUUAGCCUGGACCCUUAAGGAUUCUUCAGAUGAUCAGGGCAGGAGAGUUCUGUUUGCUUUAUUUUUUUAGGGGUGGUUGGUACAACUCGUUAAAACUGAAAAUGUUUUGCAUAGUUUCUGUGUGAGGCUUUCAGAGGCUGAGGUCUUGGCCAACUGCUCUGGAUUUGGGCAGAAGCCCAGAAUGUAAAGAAGGAGGCUCAGGUAGAGAAAGGUGGAGUGUCAGAGUCAGGGCACUACUGUCCAAGAGACCUCUUGACCUGAAAGAAGUUGCAGUCAAAUAUGUUAGUUUGUCUGUUCUGUCUGAGUGUAAAGACUUGAUACUUUUUACUUUGCUGAGUGCUAAUACAUAUGGAAAGUUGUUUUAACCUUAAAUUAUCAAAUACAUUUUAUCCAAAGCAAAGUAACUUCUGUAUUAUUAGAAUAUGACAGUGGAUAUUUCUGUAUUUUUGUCAAAUAUACAUUUGAGCUCAUCUUAAUCUCAAGGUUGUAAAGUCUGUGUUCUCAUGGCUAUGCUCUUUCUUUCAGUAGAGCUGUACAGUGCUGCUGUAGUCAUGAACCUGUGUGUGGAGUGGAUUUUCCUUCUGAGACUCCUUUUCCUGUCAACAUCAAAGCCUGGCUGCUCCUGAAGGAAUAGAAAUUCAGUGUUAAUGGUCUGAGAAAUGAAGUCCUGAGGUUUCAGAUAAGUCUCCUGAGUCAUUAAACUAUUUUGUGGAGUUUGCCAAUAAAAGAUUUCCGGGAGUUUGGGCGUCAGGGAAA